AUGGCCGAACACCUUCUGUACGAGAGCUCUAUGGGCUACUCGUUGUACAAGGUCGUGCACCAAGGCGAUGCCAUCGGGAACAGACUAAAAGAGGUUCAAGACAGUGUGCAGGACCUUGCAAAGUUCGGCAAGAUGGUGGACCUCGUCAGUUUCCUGCCAUUCGAGUCCGGGCGCAUGGCGCUCGAAGAGCAGAACAACAUCUCCGAAGGCAUUGCUUCCGAAUACCUGCGAUCGUUCCUCGAGCUCAAUCUACCGAACGGUGGCAAGAAAGGCAAAGUCACGCUGGGCGUUUCUGACAAGAUUCUGGCGAACAACAUCAAGGCACACUUCCCCAAGAUUGAGUGCGAGACUGGCGACACGAGUGAGGUCACGGCAGAUAUGCUUCGCGGUAUUCGGUUGCACUUCGAGAAGUUGAGCAAGAAGCUGCGGGAAGGAGACUCUAAGACGGCACAACUCGGUCUCGGUCACGGCUACUCUCGCGCCAAAGUCCAAUUCAACGUGCAGAAAAACGAUAACCACAUCAUCCAGGCGAUCGCCAUCCUCGAUCAACUCGACAAAGCUGUCAACACAUUCUCAAUGCGAGUCCGCGAAUGGUACGGAUGGCACUUCCCGGAGCUGGUCAAGAUCGUGUCCGAGAACCACAAAUACGCCAAAGUGGCACUCUUCGUCAAGGACAAGAAGAUGCUGACGGAAGACAAUCUCCAUGACCUGGCAGCUAUCGUCGAUGACGACGAGGAAAUUGCAAAGAGCAUCAUUCACACAGCUAAGAUCAGCAUGGGUCAAGACAUUUCGGCCACCGAUAUGGACAACGUCACGCUCUUCGCCGAACGAGUGGUUAGCCUGGCCAAUUAUCGCAAGACACUGCACAGCUAUCUCGUCUCUAAGAUGGGCGUUGUCGCUCCCAAUCUGGCGACCCUUAUUGGGGAAGUCGUCGGAGCUCGUCUCAUCUCACACGCUGGAAGUCUUACCAAUCUAUCCAAAUACCCUGCCUCAACUGUCCAAAUUCUGGGUGCCGAGAAGGCUCUCUUCCGCGCGCUGAAGACUAAAGGAAACACCCCGAAGUACGGUCUGCUAUAUCACUCCUCGUUUAUUGGACGAGCUGGCCAGAAGAACAAGGGUCGGAUCUCCCGCUUCCUCGCCAACAAAUGUUCUAUUGCCUCCAGGAUCGACAACUUCUCCGAGUCACCAUCAACAGUGUUCGGCCAAGCUCUGAAGAAGCAGGUCGAAGAGCGUCUUGACUUCUACGCUAGUGGUACAGCACCUACCAAGAAUGAGGUGGCAAUGAAAUCAGCAAUGGACACAAUACUCUCACAGAUGGACAUCGAUGAACCGACAGACGAAAAGGCUGAGGCUAAAGCCAACGACGAGCUCUUCGACACAGAGCCAACGGCUGUGCAGAAGAAGGAGAAGAAGAAGAAGGACAAAGAGGAGAAGAAAGACAAGAAGGACAAGAAGGACAAGAAGAAGAGUCGCGAGUCCGACGUCAAUGGUGCGGAAGAGGUUGUGGAGAAGAAACGGAAACGAGACUCGGAAGUCAACGGCGAUGGUGAGCGAAAGAAGAAGAAGAAAGACAAGACUGCCCGGUAG